GCAAAACUGUUCUUGUCCCCAAGGUACACCAUAUAGUUGAACUUGGUAGUCAUGAGAAUAUGUUUUAUAUAUAAACGAGCUUGUCACUGGUUAAAACCAGUUUGGGGUAAAUUAUUGAAGUUUACAUAUCAAUAAACGUGCAGUAUUAAGAAGAUGUCUAUUUUUCUUAAUAUAAGUAUUGGACUUUUUUUAUCAUGGUUUUGUCAGAGAAGAAGUGUGGAGGCGGAAUUAAGUGCUAACGGAGUAUAUGAACUGUUGUCAACGCGAAUAGACAAUGUUAUUCGUGAAAACAAUAAUCUAAAAUCUGAGCUUAAGGAAACUAAAGCAGAUCUUCAAAAACAACUAAAAACAGAAGCAAAAUUAUUGCGGAAAAUACUAGAUGACGAGAAUGCACAUAUGAAAGAAACAAGAAUGACAUUUGAACAAAAAUUUAAAAGUUUCCAGUUGGAAAUCUUAAAUGAUUUAAAUUCAAUGAAUAUCUCAAGACAAACAUCUGUAAGCAAAUUAGAAAAUUCAAUUUCCAAACAAAACAUGGCAGUUAUCACAAUGCUACAGGCAGUUGAGAACAAACUUCGUUCAGUAUCGACAAAGCAAGACAGACAGGAAGGCACAUUUUCUGGUCAAAUUAGUGCUUUAAGCAGACGAAUCUCUGUGGAAGAAGCCAGAAAGGUUGCAUUUUCAGCUAGACUCACGAAGAAACAAAGCUAUUAUGGCAAAGAUGAACGAAUAGUGUUUGAUGAAGUUAAAUAUAGUUACGGCGGAGGAUACAGCUCUUCAACGGGGAUAUUUACAGCGCCAAAAUCAGGAACUUAUUUGUUUACUUAUAAUAUAGAAUCAACAAGUUCAGGUAUGGCCCAUGUGAGUUUAAUGAUAGAUAGUCGUGUUACAACUCAAGCUUUGGUAGGAAAAGGUCCAGAUUACAAUGGUGGAAACUCGGCGAUAGCUUAUGUUUGGAAAGGUGAAAAGGUUUGGGUAGAGACUGCUUCAUUUCAAGAUAUGUAUUACAUCGGGCCGUACAGAACUACAUUUAAUGGUAUCUUGAUCGACUAAAAUAAAGUACCAUGAAUUGCAAUACAGCGUGAUCAAACGUAAAAUAAUUAUCGAUUCCUUCUGACUUACGUUCUUAUCCUCUUUUUUAUUUAAAGCCUAGGGGAAGCUGAUUUUAAUCACAUUGUUAUUAUAGAUUUGAAUUCGCACUGCAAAGUCUCGGAGAUUAAUUAAUUUUUUGAUUUUUGUUCAAGUUAAACCCUUUGAAAACUAAAUUAUGUUUCUAUUUAGAUAUCAAAAUACAAAUAUUGGUUUUGGCCAUCCUGAAUGUGAGGAAAGUAUUUCUUAUUCUUUUAAGAACUAGAUUUCGCAGACUAACUAAAAAUAUGAAGUGGUUGAAAUUAUAGUUUGUACUGAACAAUGCAAUCGAUCAUUUUUUCAAAAUUCUAAUAUAUCUUAUUCAUUUUAUCACCCAAAUUUGUCAUUUAAUACUUUCCCGUUAUAUACGCCAUACUCGCAUUAUUUAAAGAUUUAAGAAUUAAUUUCAACAACUACAGUAUGGUUAGUGUUUAAUUUCAUUUAUCUGUCGCGGGACUGCAUUGCGGCAGACAAUUUUGUUUUCAUCAAUGUUGACUUACAAACAAUAAUCUAAACUUAGCCAGGAUAUUGUAAAUAAAUGAUUUGUGAGACAUUUUGCCGAGAUCAUACAAUAAUUAUAAGGGAUUUAUGUACAAAUAAUAAGCAAUUGUUCAUGAAUAUUGUAUGCUUUUAUAAAAUUUUGAUUUGCAUUAUUUUAGCUACAUUUAAUUAAAAAGUGACAUUUUCGCAUACCUUGUCUUUGUUUUCCUUUGUUUGGCCGCUAAAUGAAAUAGACUCACACCA